AUGACAAAGUCCACCCAGCUCAGAGCCCGCUUAUCGGACCUUCGUCAUUCGCAGGCCUCAGACCGGAGCGUGAUUGCCCACUCUCUCCGCAGCUGCAUUGGCGUGGCGCAUCAGGCCCCAGCCCAAGGAGCAGCGGACCCGGAGCAGCGGACCCGGCCCAGCGGAGCAGCGGACCCGGCCCAGCGGAUCCAGCUCAGGGGAGCACUGUAUAUAACGCCAGACGAGCUGAGUACUUACAGGAACGUGAACAAGCUGCCCCAGACUCUGUCUACCCUGGUGUGGCGCACCAAGCCCCAGUGGAGCAGCAGACCCGGCCCAGCAGAGAGCGGCCCCAGCAGAGCGGAGCAGUGCGCCAGGCCCAGCCCGAGCCCCAGCAGAGCGGAGCAGCGCGCGCCAGGCCCAGCCCGAGCCCCAGCAGAGCGGAGCAGCGCGCGCCAGGCCCAGCCCGAGCCCCAGCAGAGAGCGGCCCCAGCAGAGAGCGGCCCCAGCAGAGAGCGGCCCCAGCAGAGAGCGGCCCCAGCAGAGAGCGGCCCCAGCAGAGAGCGGCCCCAGCAGAGAGCUCCUCCUUAA